AUGAUGAAUAAACAUGACAAGCAACGGCAUCCGUCGCAGAAACAGAAGCAUAGGAAUAAGCAACGACAUUUUCAGAAGGAUCGUUUGGGCAAAAAGAUAGAUUCUAAGAAAUCUGAGGCAGAUAAUGAUCAGAUACCGAUUUUGUCGUUUCUGCGACAAAAUAUGGAUACCAAGCAAAAUUUGACGUCAAGACCGGGUUCAAGUUCGACUCCGACCACUCCUCAGGUGUAUAGACGUUCCAAGACUGUCAAUUCCAAAACUAGUCGCUCUGAGGAAAACUCCAAGGUGCGGACUUCACAGGUACGAUCCGGUUGGGACCGUCCUUUUUCGUCGCGACAGCCAUCACCUUCACCUUCACCUGCCGCUUCUGGAUCGCAAUAUCAAAAGCAGAAAAGCUACACUAACCGGAAAAGUAGUACUUCGCAUACUGAGAUGUUGAAAUCUCUAUACGUUGGUGAUAGCAAGGUUUCAUCACCGCCACAAUCGAAUAUCGAUAAAGCUCCUCAGAGGAAACCCUUGGAAAGAACAGGGUUAUCGAAGCGUGUUGUCGAAGAUGAAGUGCUGAGAAGACAACAGUCCAGUUUGUCUUCAUCGGGACGUAUACACAAGCACAUAGAGUCUCCAUUUCAGAGAAAUUCCAAACCGGUUAGCAAGAGCAUUGUUAAGGCACCGAACAAAGUCAAUUUUGCAUUUGAAACUAGUUUGAACGAUAUAGACCUGAACCUAUUGACACGCGCAAGAGCAUCGUCUGGUGGUACUCCCACAUCGAAGGGGUCAGCAGCGGUUCCUGCCGCUCCGAAAACUAAAAAUAAGACGGACUCUCAAGUAAGUAAGAUAGCCAAUGAGAUACAAAAUUCUAAUAAAUCCCGAAUCUCUAAGGCAAAUAGUCCCAUUCAAAGAACAACUACUACUACAUCUAACAUUCCGAGCGAGGCUAAAGAGUUAUACAACAUGCUCUCAUCGCGAUUGAAGAGAAGAAAUGUUUUAUUCGACAAGAAAGGUACAAUCAAUUCUGAAAACAAUGACAAAACUGGCGCAUCAGUAAAAGUGGAAUCUUCACAUGUCGAAAUUAUAGGUUCAAAGCGUGAUCACACGCAUACAAGUUUUAUGGAGCUACCAUCUAUGCAAGCCACUAUUGCGGAUUUAGCAAAGACCACUUCGCUUGUAAAAGAAAACAGCGCACAAAUAGAAGUUGAUCGUAAUCUAAUUGGCCCUGAACGUUCCAGGAAAAACGAAAAGGAAUUCCAAGAUUUGGAAACAAGAACUAGCUCUCCGGCAAAGGAAAGUCUAGCGUCUCCUUCUGCUGACACGCCUGAAAGAAAAGUGCCACAACUUGAUUUGACAUCGCCAUCAUUUGACUCCACUCCUGGUGUUACAGAAAAAAUGGAUCUCAAAGAAGUACCAUCUCCCGAGUAUCCUUCAUCAGCUGGACAAGCCGUUCAACAGUCAGAAUCAUCACAAAUAUCACACGUUAUACAACAAGCAGAGGGGGCGGAUUCUGGCUCACAUCACGGAAUUCAAGUUGAAUCAAGUGAACUGAACAUCCCAACGAUAUUUGAGAAGAAAGAUAACCCGCAAGCAGCUUCUGCUUCAGGUACCUUCCAUCAUGUCGAUGAAAAACAAUCAACUGAGGAAACCGCAAAACUUUUGGCUUUAUCUGAUACUUCAUCUGAAACGUCUUCCGAUGGUAGUUCCUCAGGCCAUUAUGUAGGUGAUUUCCAAUUAUUGAAUACGAUGAAGGCAAGAAUGGUCGGUCCUAAGGUUGCGAAAUGGAAGGCGUUUAACAAAUCUAAAUUUAAAGACUUGAUGAAAUAUCUUAUCGCUGAACAUACACCUCUUGCAGCAAGAUCAGAUGUCAGCUGCUCCAAUGAUAUAUGCAAUAUAAGAAAUUACGAGAGCGUUGAAGUUCACCAUUUACAAAAACUUCCCCCAAGAUUGCGGUAUCUUGAAUUGGAAUCUCCAAGUAAUAAUUUCAUCAGUAAACCUUUGAGGGCCAAUAACAGAGUUGAGAAACUUCGUAAAGAUGAGUUAUACAACGGAUCUAAGCAAAAAAGAAGAACCCGCGGGUCGGCACCCGAUUCAGAGGGAAGCAAAAAGCCACUGAUAGAGCGACAAAUUGAAGACGGCAAUGUAUCUGAGAAAACUCCCCAAGAACCCACUACUUCUAUUCCUGGCGAAACAGAUGUUAAUGAAAAAGUGUUGGAGCCCAUCGAAGAUAUCGAAAUGUUACCUACCUUUAUUUCUUCAUCCAACCGUUUAGAGCCGGACGCUAAUACUUUAUCGGCUCAUGCAUUACCGUCAAGUGUUAUAGGCGUCAAAAAGCAGCCUUCAUUGACUACUGUGAACAAAUUUCCAGCUUCUUUUGAAAAUGGACUUCAACCUGACAAUGCUCAAGCGUCAACUGAGAUAGAGACAAAUGAAGGUAACUCAAAAAAAGGUAAAGAUGAGUUACAUUUUGAUCCUGAAAAAUGUGAAGAUGUCACUCAGUUCAGAAAAGAAUAUCUAGCAUUACGAGCCUCGAUAUCGAAAGACGAUACCUGUUCGUCAUCUUUGGUAAAUGAAGAUUUAAACAAGACUGAAGUUAUCCAGAACUUAACCUCUGAAAUUAUUCAAUCUGAGAUGAAAAUUGCUUCACUCGUUGGUAUCAACCACCAACUUCGCGAAAAACUAGAGGAACUUGAGAAGAUCCAAGCAAAAUUAGUCCAAGAACUUGAUACUGUACUUCUAGAAUCUAAAGGGUCCUUUUCGGCAGGAACUGCCAAGGAGGCUGAAGUGAACAAUAAAGAUAAAACUGAAUCGAUAAAUAAUGAGCAGGCUCGAGAAAAGUCACUAACAGCUGCUCAUGGAAAGCUAAUUAGUAAGGUAGAAAAAGACCUUGUAGAAAUAGAGGCGUUGAACAAAAAUGUAACAGAGCGUUUGUUUGAGAUCAAACGGAUUAAAGAUAGGGAAGUAGAGAAUCAUCCUAUAAUAAAGCAGCUCAGAGACACACUUGAAGGUGAAAGAGCUCACUUUGAAUCACAGUUGGCACUUGAAAAGCAAAAGGUGUCAAAUUUAAAGGCUGCUUUACUGAGCAGACAUGGAAAAAAUGAUAUCAAUGAAGAAGUUAAGCCGGCAGCUCCUUUGGACGGAAAGAAACUUGAAGAACUUCAAGCAGAACUGUCUAGCACUAGGUUAUAUGCACGGGCUCAACAUAAUGCUGCAAAACAUCUCCAGACAGAAUGCUCUACUUAUCGAAAUCUAUUAUCAGAAAAGAAACAUAAGUAUAAUGAGUUGAAUUCUAAAGUUGCACUAGCUUCAAAACAGUGCGCACAAUUGCGCAGCACGAAUGCACAUCUUCGUAAUAAACUCCAGAGUUUAGAAGACGUGGUUUCAAAAAUAUCAUCUAAUACAAAAUCAAAAUUGAAACCGUCAAGCUAUGACAGCCAAAACACACAGCGUAGUAUUUCUGGUGGCUCAGAAGUGCAGCAAUCAUCAUUGACUCCUGCGCAGUAUGAACAAAAUGCCCCAAAAAAGCUACCAAAAUCUAACGGGGCGAUCACAUAUAUUGAUGAGAAUGAAAUUUUAACUAAAGACAUUCUAAACGACGAAGUAAGGAAACUGAAUAUGACAGUAUUAGAUCUACAGCGCAGAAUCAAAACGCUAACAAAACUUGAAACGAAUGUAGGCCCUUUGAGUGUAUUUUGUGAAAAAGAAAAGUUAUCAAUACGUGAUGUAGUGGACCGUCUUCACUGGAUUAAGAGAUUAGAGUCAACUAUUGCAAAGAUGGCUAAUGAAAAAGCGGACAUGACAGCUAAAGUCAAGGAUCUUGAAACAGCGUUGAGUCAGUCUAAAGAAAAAGUGGACCGUUACGAAGAAUAUUCGUCAAAAUCCCAGAAAGUCGAUAAACCUCGGCCUAACGGGGAGGAUCCCGUCGCACUCAAAGAAACCAUCGUUCGGUUACUGAAGGAACGCAAGAAACUUACCGCUAUUUUGAAGAACCAAGCUGAGUCGAAGGAACGUGAUCCGAAUUAA